AUGAAACUGGAGAAUAAAGAUAUCUCACAUCACUCACCGGACUCAUCUGACUCAUCCGAAGAGGACUCACCUCAGCAGAAGGUCAAGGUUAACAGCGUUAAGCAUGUUCUCGUUAAUGGCAAAGGAAAACCAAAGCCCUAUACAGAGACAGAGAAUGGGACCAAGGCCAACGAAGAUCCCUGUGACCCGGGCAUGAAGACGGGCCUCAAGCACCUCUACUCCGGCAAGGAAGACAAGAAAGGCCGGUUUCAAUGGCAAGAGGAGAUCCCCGAAGACGUUGGUGAUCCAGUGGAAAACGACGAAACUGCGAAAUGGGCGCUGCUCGUGCGCAAUGUCAAGGUCUACAAUGACCCCCGACGUGUCCUGUCUAUCCACUCCAUCGUCGUUCAGAGCCCGCUACUCAAAGAUAUGCUCGCUGGUGUACUUAAAAACUAUCCUGGCGUCACCGUGGGUCUUACGCGCCUCGAGUUCAGCGGCAAAUUCGAACCUCUGAUCCAUAGAUGGGUAGAGCUUCAGGAAGCCAUCGCCAAAUUGGGCGGGGACACGGAAGAUCAGCGCACAACCAAAGCGCAUGCAGAACUUCUCAAGGAUGUCCUCACCAAGGAGUUCAAGACUAUGAUCGACACUUCCCAAGAUAUGAAGAGUAAGCGGGUCAUGACAUAUGAGCAUCUCUGGACCUUGUUCCAGCCUGGAGUGACUGUGUUUUCGAGGCAAGACGGCCAAGAAACAGCCAUGACUCUGGUCGAGACACGUUAUGGUCAAGAUGCCAAGGGCGCUCCUUGCUUCUGGGCGACGUGCAAGUACGUUGAUUGGGACGGCGCUAGGUUUGGCACUAACAAGAUCAAUCUCUCCGUCGCUGCAUAUACUGGUACUCGCGCCAUCACUUCGCUGCGCGUAUAUCCCCUUCAAUUCCAUCCAGAAGGCGAUGCCAUUCGUACGCGUCUUAUCGAGCGUGGUGCUAAAGCUGAGGCGCUUGCUGGUGCCAACUAUACAGCAUACCAAGGUGUCGCUUGGAGGCAGGGCGGGUUUGGAAACAAGGAUAAGUACAACGUCAAAGGCCGAAUUGUCAUCGACACCUAUGGCUGGAAUCGUUUCAACCCUACCCAUUCCAUCUUUGUUUCACCGCUCAAUUGGAAAGAGCCGACUCCUAUGUCACUUCGUAAUAUGCAUGGUCUUCGAGAAUAUUCAUAUGGCGAGGGCAAUAAUGAUGAUGGUAAUGAAGACUAUGAAUAUGAAGAGGACGACUGCGGGAUGCCUAUGGACGGCGCUUUUGCCGACGAGGAGGACGCUGCUAAGCACGUGCCCUUGACAGACGAACAAAAACUCAUCUGCUCUCCACUUCUCCGUGGUUACAGUCUGAAGAACAAGCUCUGGCUCAACUUCUUCGUUGGCUGUGUUAGGGAUAUCGAAUGGCAAACGGAUGCCUUUGAUCGUCUCGUCUUACCUAGGAACCAAAAAGAGCUGAUCCUAGGUUUCACCGAAUCUCAACGCAAGUUCCGAGAUACCUUUGACGAUGUCAUAGAAGGCAAGGGCAAGGGCAUGAUUAUCCUGCUCUGUGGACCUCCAGGUGUAGGCAAGACUCUCACAAGCGAAUCAGUAGCAGAGGAAAUGAAGGUCCCUCUUUACAUGAUGAGCGCUGGAGACCUCGGCUUUGACCCCCGCAAGGUCGAAACAAAACUCCAAGAUAUCCUCGAAAUGUGCAGUCGCUGGAACGCCGUCCUCCUGCUCGACGAAGCAGACGUCUUUCUAGAACAACGUUCCCUUCACGAGCUCGAGCGCAAUAAACUCGUCUCCAUCUUCCUCCGCGUCCUGGAAUACUACGAAGGCACCAUGUUCCUCACCACCAACCGCGUCCAAACUUUCGACCCGGCAUUUCAGUCGCGCAUCCACAUCUCGCUCGAUUACCCCGGCCUCACCGUCGAAUCGCGCAAGACGGUCUGGAAGAACUUUUUGGAGUCAUCAUCGCAGGAUCACGAGAUUUCCAAAGCUCAGCUCACGGAGCUCGCGCGUAUGGACCUGAAUGGUCGCCAGAUCAAGAAUAUUCUCAAGAUUGCUAGGUUGCUGGCUAGUCGUAAGGAGGAGAAGCUUAGUCUUGAUCAUAUCACUACUACUAUGGAUGUUACGCAGCAUCUGCAUAACGAGACUCAAUUCAGCGAGCGUACAAAGGGGACUUUGUAUGGGUAGGGUGUUUUGGGUGGGCUCUGGUGCACAUGCGAGUUCCAUUCCGUUUUUAAAAGCUGCUUUUUUUAGGUAGUUCAAGGUCUUGCGUUCCUUAUUUUGUAUAUAGAGGCGUGGAUGGGAGGGUAUUGAACUUGAGAGGCAGGUCUCGAGGCCUGUACUGCUAGUCUUGAGAUCCAACAUAUGUGUUUGCUCA